CGAGCUACGAACAACGAAACUUGCUCGCUUCUGUUCUGGAGAGUUACAGUGCAGGAUUGCUCCGACGAAAAAAAAAGUGAAUAAAUUUAGGAGUUUAACGGUGACUAUCAGUCGAAACCAUGCUGCACAAAUUUUUCCAUUCGGCCACUUUCGUGAUACUUUUAGUGGUCUCUACCCGAGCCCAAGAUGACUUGGACGCCCUGUUUGAGUCUGUUUUUAAUGCUGAAAAUGCCUCACCAGCGCCAGCAGCGGUAACCAGUGCUCCAGUUCCGGCUGCCCCGCUACCUCCAACACCACCGCCCGUAUACACGUGCAACGGUGAAUGUGUGCCGUACUAUCUGUGCAACGACAACCAAAUCAUUACCGACGGAACUGGUAUCAUCGACAUCCGUGUCGGAGAGGACACCACCGUUGAGAAUGAAUGCCCCAACUAUCUAGAUACGUGCUGCGAGAAGCGGGAUGUGUUGGAUGUACCGCCCCCAACGGCAACCGAACCUCCGCGGGCUGCGAACAAGUACACCUGUGGCGCACGCAAUGCCGAUGGUUUGGGAUUUAGAAUAACCGGUAACAAGAACGGCGAAUCCGAAUACGGUGAGUUCCCGUGGAUGUUGGCGGUACUGCGGGAGGAUAAAGUUAUGGACUCCACGCUCAACGUGUACGAAUGUGGUGGUUCUCUGAUUGCCCCCAACGUUGUUCUAACUGCGGCCCAUUGUGUCUUGAACAAACAAAAAGAAACGCUGCUGGUGCGUGCUGGAGAAUGGGAUACUCAAACCAAGAACGAACUGUACCCUCAUCAGGAUCGUCGAGUGCGAGAGGUUAUUACCCAUGCCCAGUUCCAAAAGGGCUCACUAGCCAACGAUGUCGCCCUGUUAAUUCUCGAACAGCCAUUCGAUUUGGCUGAAAACAUCCAACCCGCAUGCCUUCCUCCGAAGAACUUCAACUUUGAUGGAAGCAACUGUUUUGCCUCGGGAUGGGGUAAAAACAUAUUCGGCAAAGAGGGAAAAUACCAAGUAAUUCUGAAGAAGGUUCAGCUACCGAUCGUACCACACGGUCAAUGUGAAAAUGCAAUGCGCACCACUCGGCUAGGAAACCGUUUCCGUUUGCAUCAAAGCUUUAUCUGCGCUGGAGGAAAACCAGGCGAAGAUACUUGCCGUGGUGAUGGAGGUUCUCCAUUGGUUUGUCCGAUUCCUGGAGUACCAACCAAUUACUAUCAGGCCGGUAUCGUUGCUUGGGGAAUUGGUUGUGGUGAACAGGGAGUCCCUGGAGUUUACGUAAACGUUGCCAUGUUCCGAGAUUGGAUUGACCAGCAGUUGACCCAGCGUCACGUUGAGGCCAAGCAUUACACCUAUGUUUAAAGCGAGUUUCAAGAGUAUACUUAACGUUGAGCUAACUACUAGUGAACGACAAUAAAUAUAAAUGGAACCCUAGUC